GACACAAAUCAGUCGGCUGUCACUUAGUUGAAAAUUUUAUGAUAAAUAUGAAAGGUAAAAUUUGUGCAAAAAUGCCAAAUAAACAAGUAAAAAUUUGUGAAUGAAUCUGGUAUAGAGAAAGAGUGUACCGAGAUUUGCCUACAAACAUCCGACGAAAAAUGUUUGCCACAUUAAAGAAUAAAAUCAAAGAGGAGACGGGAAAUGAAGUUCCUCAUCUGCCAGUUCGGACGGCACAAAAUCGAUAUCAACGUGGUACGUUAGACUCAACAAGUAGUGUGUCCAUCGAAAGUUUAUCCAUGUUUGAACAGAAAGAAGCCGAGCUGUCUGCACUACGAGCGCAAUUCAACGAUAUCAAUUGUAAAUACAAUGACUUAUCCAAACGGUACAACAUUUUGCAGGACGACAUGGAACGACUAGAAAAGGCGAAUGAACUGUUGGAGGAGAGUGUUAAAGUUUCACAAGUACAAAAAGAGCUCAUUUAUGACGAACAGGACAAGAUCCAAAAUUUGCAGGCCCAGGAGAUAGCAAAACUUAAAAAUUUACUUAAUUUUCGUGAACAGGAGGCCCUAGAUCGUCUUACAGUAAUCAAGCAAACUCAGCAGCAACUGGAUCACGUGAAGUCAGAAAACAAACAACUGCGGGAGAUGGAAGCACAGAGGGAGGAAAUCGAGGAUGAAUUGGAACGACUUCGUCACGCCAGUCAGAUGGAAACGAAUAAUUACAAAACGAACAUGGCUUGCCUGGAAGAACAGAAUCGCCAUCUACUGAGUAAGCUGAAUGUGCUGGAAGAGGCUCGCUUCAAUUUUACGUCUAACAUCAGCAACGACGAAAAGGUGAACGCACUCAUACAGGAACGAAAGUUCUUGGAACAGCGAUUGGAAGAAGCACACAUUCAAUUAUCGGACAUAAAGAGCAACUGGAGUGCUCAGAAUUUGGCACUGGAAACUCAGGUAAGUCGCUUAUCGCGACAAGUGGCCGCCGAAGCAACGGAAAAACGAAAAGCCAUCACAUCCCAAGACGCUCAUAUCGAAAAAGUGAAAGAACUCGAAUUUCAAUUAGAAACAUUCCAAAGUGAGAUCACCCAACGUGAUAACAAGAUAAAAUUGCUGGAAGAGGAAAUCGAUGAUUUGAGUGGAACGCUCCGUGACAUUCGGAUUGAAAACGAGGAAGAAAUUACGUUUAUGAGAAGCAAAGUUAAACAAUGUGAACAAGAAACAACAGAUCUAAAAACGCGACUAACCGCAUCCGAUGAUAGACUAAACGAUCACAUCGAAAAAUCCGAAGUGCUUGUCAGAACGCUUAGGAGUCAGAUAGCUGAGUCGAAGGAUGAGUGCAGUGCUAUGAGUAACAUAGUGGAAGAUGAGAAAAAGGAAAGAGCGACGAUUUUACUGCAAAACGCCGAAAUAUCGCAGGAGCUGUCAAUUUUGAAACAGGAGCUAAAAAGUGAAUCGGCUGAAGUAACCGAACUGAGUGAAACAAAUCAAAAGCUGCAACAGUCACUGCAUGAGUGUGAAACCGAACUAUCUGCAUUACGUAGCAGAAAUGAACAACUGGAGGUGAUAGCUAGCGAACAAAAAUCAAAAACCGAAAUCAUUGACGAAUUGAACAAAGAUUUAUCGGAAAAGAACAAAUCAAUAAAACUGUUGAAGCAACGUUUGGCUGACUUCAAAAAGACGCUGCAAAACGAAUUCAAGGGUAGUGUGAACCAUACCACCAGUUGCCUUGAUGAUAAUCCGAGCGAAACAAACCAUUCGGAUGGAAAAACUGUGUCGAUAUCAGAAAAGGUGGACAAACCGACGAAUCACUGUACCGAUACCGCUACCAAAAAUCGAUCGGUUGUUAUGGACGAAGUUAACUUUAAGUACUUAAAGCAUGUGAUACUGAAAUUUCUGACCAGUCGAGAGGUUGAAGCACGCCAUUUAAUACGAGCGGUCGGAACACUGCUUCAGUUAAGCCAAGAUGAGGAGAAAUUGCUACAUGAUACGCUUAGCUUCCGAAUGAGUUGGUUCGGCACGCGGCCAGAGUCAAAGCUUCACAAUUUUAUCUAAGUAGGAUCAAGUGGACGACUCUUCGACGACAAUAAUUUCUUCCCAAUUAACGGAAACGAUUGUUUUAUGGCAAAAUGUUUUAUUUAUUUACAGUUUAAUCGGAAAAUUUCUUCUUCUUUUUCGCAUUUUAUUUAUUUUCGAGUUAAGUGUUUCCAUUUAUUUAUUUGCUGGAACAGAGUCUUUACUUCAUUAAGAUUCCGUGAUAUUACUAAGUUGAUUUGCAACAUUAUAAAUGGAUGAAUAAGAGAAUCACUUGUACAGUAUUACUACCUUCUACCUACACACACAGAUUUUAUAAAUUAAAAAUUGUUUAGUUUUCGAUUUAAGCAAAACUUAACGUGUUGAACGUGUACUCCUAAUAGCUUUGACCUACACGUGCAAUGCAUAUGACAUAUUUAAUACAAAAUCAGGCAUUUUUGUGUUUUCCCGCAUUUGUUUUAUUUGGUGUUUUUAUACCGAACCACCAUUGGUGGUCCAUCAAUCAAACCAUUCAAUAAAGACAAUUUUAAAUU